AUGACCUCGUUGGAUGCCUAUCUAUCAUCUCCUACCUCUCGGACAGUGUGCAGCCACAGCUCAGAUAUAAAAGUAAAUUUACCCUUGAUCCUGUCAUUUUUCCAGACCACUUUUCGCCCUGCCCACCCAACAUCUGACCGUCCGACUGUCGUAGCGAGCCAAGCAGACACAGGGACUCUCGGUGCCUGCCCCUCCCCGCCGCCUCCAGAAUGCGGCACCGGCAGUGCGGAUAAUAAAUUUUCUCAAUUUCACCGCAACCAUUUAUCUUUUGAGUGCGUUUGUUUGUGCAAACACACCCAAGACUGUGUAUGGUGGACCGGUUGUUGCCCUUUCUCUUUCUCUCUCUCUCUCUCGCUCGCGCGCGCACCCCGGUUUUCCCACUCCUGUGCCUCUAGCCGAGCCGGGCUGGGCGGUUGUCGAGGCGCCGCCCCGUCCUCGCAACCUCCAUCUGCGCCCCAUCUCAAGCCCACCCCUCGGCUGUUGAAAACCCCGAAUCCGCAGCCUCUGCAGCUCGAGACCGUCUCAGACAUAGGCCUCGUCUAUUGGCACCCUUUCUCAAGAUGCUGA